AUGUCAUCUCCAUAUUCGACCCCUUCUACUUUCAAAGCCCCCAUUGCGCCGCAUCCGACGCCUCUCUCAACGUCAUCGUUCCUAACCCACUCGAAAGCAUCCCUCAACGGAAACACGCUCGGAGCGAAGAAGCUCAAGCAACCUAUCUACAAUCCGUACGACAAGUUUACACAGAAUGACUUUGACGCGUGGAUAGGCAACAUAACUGGCGCUUUGCGGCGUGCGUUAGGAGAGGAGGAGGAGACGCCAAUGCCACCAGAACAACUGGCCACUACAUCGGAACGAGAGUUCGCGGCGUCGGUGAGUGGCCCACCGCCCAACGAAUCCGAUGAAAAUAGUGAAUGGGAUGGCGUGGAGGAUUCGUUCGCAGAAAUAAAAGCGCGUCGCGUUGUAGGAAGUGGCAAAGGUAAACAACGAGAUCCGUUGGAGGGGCCGGGUUUGAGGGGGGAUAAUGGAGGGCCUCAGUCACCUAUUGCGAUCGAUUCAGAAGAGGAAGAGGAAGCUGAGGGGGAGGGCAUUAGUGACGACGAGGCGGAUGAGGAUGAGGUUGGUCGGGCGGUCAGUAUUGAUCGGUGGGAGGACACUGUUCGUGAAGCUGCUCGGCAUAGAAGAGAGGCUAUCGCAGAGGGACAUAAAGACGCUGGAGAAGAGCAAGAAGACUCCGGAGGGGAGUACGACGAGGAGAGGUGGAGUGAGGACGAGUUGGAAGAGUCUGCGCUUCGCGGUGGUCCCCAGGAAAUCAUCGACGUCGGUUCCGACGAUGAAGUCAACCCGCGCUCCAGUCCAAUACGACACCUAGCAGACGGCGAGGGUGAGGAUGGAGAGGGCGGAGAAGAGCCAGCGGAGGAAUAUGACGAUGAGGAAGAGGGAGCAGAGGAGGAAGAGCAACACUAUCCUUCCGAUGCGCGCAUCCGGAUUGGUCCACCCAUCGGUCAUCCUAGACAACGGAUAGUCGAGGAAGCCUUACCUUUGUCAGACGGCGAAGAUGAGGACAAAGAACCGGUGGAGAUUAUUGAGUUGGAUGAUGACGAGGACGACGUGCAGCCCGAAAGCGCGGAGGACGACGAUGAUGUGUUUCCACCGCGAUCUCUACGAGCGCAGACGGACCAACCUAUCAUCAUUGAUCCCUGGGCAGCCCCACGAAACUACGCAGAGGAUUUCUACGCUGGUGGUGACUCUUUGAACAUUCCCGCUGGGGUCAGCCCCGAAGUAGCGGCCCAUCUACUGGGAGGCGACAUUGACGAGACACCGUUCCUGACGCCAGGCGUAGUUACGCCGCUUGAGGCGAAUGCUAGCCCAUAUAGCCCUCCAAGGGAGGUCACUUACAAUGAUGAUGAGAUCCAAGAAAUAGUUCCUCCUGUCCAAGGAGAAAUGCCUCCUUUCAAUUUCUCGCUACAUCUGGAGGGAUUCGAGGACGCCAACAUCGACCCAACACUUCGAGACUCCACCCCUCAGGGAUCGUCAAUGGACAUGAGCAUGGCCGUCGACGAGUUAACGCCCCAGAUCCAAUCGUCCCAGAAUUCAGCGGCUGCAGCGAAUAUUGAAUUCAGUAUUUUCCCUCCAACCUCGGUGGAGACAGACGCCGAUAGCCAUCCCUAUGAUGCUCAACAAGUACUGGACAUACUGUCGGCAUUCGUUGAUGCCAGUAAUAUGAGCGCGUCGGAUAUGAGCAGUGUCUUCCACCAAGACGGUGAAGCUUUUGUCACAGAUCUCAACAAUAGUUCAGAUAAUCGAGGUCCUUCCGAGGCGCAACCUGAAGGAGUCAUUGAUGUCGACAUCGACAUUGUCACCAUCCCUGACAAGGAUUAUCAAGACCUUGGGGACGAGCAACGGGGUGUCGUUGAAGAAAUCAUCAGUGAAAUCGGGUUUGACGAUCUGGCUCAGACCUCUGACAUCCGCGAGUCGAGCAUCGACAUGUACAAUGUAGCUGACGACGAACUCGCCGCUGGUCCCUCCCUGUCUGGCAUCGUGGAAGAAGAGGAAGGUAUCUUGGAUGAGGCCACGGAUGUCCACAUGACUGACGACUCGCUGAUGCAUGUCGAUGAUGAUGAAUCAGUCGAACAAACGGUCAGUCAGCCUUCUUUCGAACAAGCUAUCACCCCACCGGCUACCCCACCAAAGGCAUCCGUCUCAGAUUCACCUCCGAAGGACGUACCCCAUUCCUCACCCCCCUGCCCAACCGGGUACCCGAUGCCUGUAUCAGCUGAUCCCAACGUCUCUGAUCCUGUCGAUUCUAAUGCCACAAACGACUUCGCUACCACGCCGACUCGCCCUGCCAUACUCAACAUGCCUAAAACACCGAUUUACGUACUCAGCCCAGUAGGGACGCCUGGAGGACAGCCAACACCCGUAUCCGUGCCUGUCUCCCGAGCUGUUCUGAAAGCGUUGCAGAAGAUGUCCAAUAAUCCGGGCUCUCCAGUGAAUGGUCUUUUCACGCCGGCUUCGCCCAAGGCUAGCAUUGAUGCAUCGCAGCAGCUUGAUGUGAAGACCUUGGACGAGGCGAUUAUUAAGGAUGCGGCCGCUAAUGGUGAUCUCGAAACCUCUCCCGAAGUAGAUCAAGAUGACCAACCCGCUCGCGAUGAUACCGUUGAAAUACCAACUCCACAGCCUGUAAACCACGCGGAUAUUGCCAACGAUGCUAACGGGCGCCAGACCCAAGCUGCCACUUCACCACCAAGACAUCUUUAUCUGGACAAACCAACGUCUCCUGAACCUCUUCACGAAGAUCUCCCCGCCGCAUCUCGUCUUUCAGGCCCGGGUGUGCCUCCGGAGCCUCUGCACGAGGACAUCCCCACCAACCCAACUCGCCUCGCAGGCCCAGGUGUACCCCACGAGCCUCCACUGACGAUGGUGUUAACUCCUCCCAGAGUGCCAUACCUAUACGUGGACCCUUACCCUUAUAGUCUUUCUACGCCAGGAUUUCCUCCGCCUCCCGUUGAUUAUGGAACAGUCCCUACCCCUCGACAAGAUAAUUGGCACGCCAUUCCUCCAUCCGUUUCUCAGCCCCCAUCCGUUUCCCAACGCGUAAACAAGACUCCAGCCUCUACAUCUAUUUUAUUACUGAGGCCUCCUCACCUACGAGAUGAUCUUCUUAACAAUCCCUCACUGGGGGUUCAACGCACAGAUGAUGAGAUUCCCGCCGCUCCCGCCGCUCCAGCCACUCCAGCCGUUGCUGCCAAUCCACCUCAGGACGAUGUCCCCCCGCCCGUGGACGCCCCUACAGUCUUAGAAGAACUACCUAAACCUGAGUCCCCGAAGCCGAUGGUCAUGACCCGCCAGAAAUCGACGGACCCCGUCCUUUACGCGGAUCCAUAUCCAUAUAGCCUUUCUACGCCGGGAUUUGAGGUCGACACUCCUGGCUCAGAGGAAGAAAUCGAUGACCUUGACAUAUCCAUGGAAUCCACUUCAUCUGGAACAAAAAGCUCAGAAAAGGGAGAUGAUGCAGUGGAUGAUCCCAUGGACGAUAUCGUCCUCCGUUAUCCCUCCGAACCGAAGGAGCCGAGAGUACUCUCCGAUGCUGCCCUUGCUGAGAGCAUCGUCAAACCCGAGGAAGUUUUGCAAGUGCAAUACCGAAGUCAGUCCGCGACGCCUCCAAUUUUCGAAGCGUCUCAACCAGCGGACGACGUAUCGCGAGCAUAUGAGAGUGAUUUCAAGCCCGAUCUAACGGAGGCUGUCAACGACGAGCCUCUCUCUGUGGUAGAGAAUCGUGGACCCGCUGAGGCCGAGAAAGUAGCUAGUGAACCAACAGAUGCGCUCCCAGAAAAGGCUGCCCCGCCUCAAGCUAAGGAAAGCUCGCCAGAUCCCUCGGAGUCAGAUCGAAAUCAUAAACGCAAGCAUUCGUUGGGCUCUCCUCUGUCAGAUAUCGGCACAGAAAUCUCUAAAUCCGCUUGCACCACCGCUCAAGACAAGGGUAAAGGUAAAGCGACCAACCCACGACCACAUAUCGACACUAGCCUCGACCGGGCCUCUUCGAUUACAUCCUCCAGCGACUCUGUUCUGCAUCCACCAUCUCCAACUGAGAAGGGCCAACCCUUCAUCGUUCCUCCCCCCCUCUUUCUCGCACACUCUCAUUCGAAGAAGCCAACCACAAACGGGGCGAAGAAUGCACCAGCAAAGGCAGGGCCGUCGGCAAGUACGCCUUCAAAACUUCUGGCCCAACGCACCUUGCUGUCAUUCAUAUCCUCCCCACGCACAAGAUCGAAUUGCCGCUUCCAUAAGAUCAGUCUUCCCAAAGAAGAGGGCGGCCCCCGGAUAUGCUUCCUUGUCCCUGGUUGCUCACUAGGAGACCAAGAACUUAUGGAUGAAGAAGAGAUCGUAGACCAUGGAGAUGCGACGAUCGAAGACAGCAAGCAUAUGGUUGCAGUCUCUGAAACCGCAGACGACUUUAGCCUGGACCUCAUAGGUAUCCUCCGACAACUUGUUGGAGUCGACUUACUUCGUGAGCACGAAGUGUAUUACUUGCCAUCGCCGGCGGAGCGCGCCCGGGCUGCUGCUGCCGCCCCGACACUGAAGGCUUCUCAGAGUAAAUCAGAUGCCAGUGGAUCAUCAUUGUCUCACAAUCGCCAACCGUCCGUCGACUCUAUCAGCUCCACUCGUCCUCCAAAUUCCGUUGCACAGUCCUCCUCGUCAAUAGCGAGCAGGAAACGAGAAUCCGAUGCGUCGUCCCUAUCAUCGAUCUCAACGCGAUACUUCAGCGGCAACGAAGAUGAUCGGAGAUUAAAGCGUCGAAGACACCCACACGCAGAAGACGAGGACGAAGGGGGUGCGCUGGAUACCGAAAUCACUAUCCAAGUUCGCCGGAAACCCCUGAAGGCUGCGAGGCGCAAUCGACGCGUAGAUGCAGAUCAAGCACUCCCAGAAGUGGAAGAGGAAGGAAAUGACGCGCCGGAGACUGAGAAUCGGCGCGUAACGCGAAGUCUGAAGCGUAGUCGGACUCUGGGGGAAGAGGCUUCAAAAUCUGAUAAAGCUGACAAGAAGCGACGCCUGCAGACCCAACUCACUAAUUAG